GAUAGGAAGGGCAACGGGUUGAACAGAUGCCGGAUUUAUGGUGCCGAUCUUGGACUGUAGGUGAGUAACGAGAAGAGGGUUAAGACCCAAGUCUGCGAACGUGGUUGAACCAGUUGACGUUCUCAUUCGCAACUUGAAGUUGAGCCAACAAGGAACGUUGUUCCCAAAAUCGAUUUCACACGAGAUCUAUGUAUGGAUAAUUUUUUAAUCUUUCGCUUCGUCGUCCAAUUACUUGUUAUUCCCUUGUUAGCUACCCCCCCUGGUCAUCGUUUAUCCUGGUCCUGCUCGCUGUCAUCCGUUUCGUCUCCUUAUUCAUCAUCGUCGUCUCUUUCCAUGCCUCGCCUUGUCUUCUUUUAUUUCGUCUCUCCAUCUCUCUACCAUUGUUAUCCCAUCAUAUCUGUCCCCUGUGAUAUUACUUGGGUUCAAGUUCUCGAUAAUCCUCAUGACGACGGGAGGAACAACGCAAGAAUACCCUUACACAUAUGCCGUGAACGACAUAUUGAAAGAGCCCACUAAGUGCUUCGUUAAGACACACUUGUGUUCUGGCUACGGAGUCA